ACACACACACAAACUGAUAUUGGACGACGACAUCGUCAUUCGCCGUUGAAAUUCCUCAAUUCCUUAUUUAUUUUUUUUUGUUCGACUGACGCAUACGGCAUAUUAACAACAAACCCGAUCAAAUUAAAGUGCUGCCAAACAAACAACAACACUCGAGGAACAAAUUCCAAAUAAAGAGACAGAGACAGCAAUAAUGGCAGCCGGCACCACACUGCAGAAGGCCAUCGAUCUGGUGACAAAGGCCACCGAGGAGGAUCGCAACAAGAACUAUGCGGAGGCAUUGCGUCUUUACGAGCACGGCGUCGAGUAUUUCCUCCACACCAUCAAAUAUGAGGCACAGGGCGAGAAGGCCAAGGAUUCGAUACGCGCCAAAUGCCUACAGUAUUUGGAUCGGGCCGAGAAGCUGAAGGAGUAUCUGAAGAAGGGCAAGAAGAAACCACUGAAGGAGGGCGGCAGCGACAGCAGCAGCUCCAAGGAUGACAAGGACAAAAAGAGCGACAGUGACGAUGAAGACGGCGAUGAUCCAGAGAAAAAGAAAUUGCAAAGCAAAAUCGCCGAUGCCAUUGUGAUUGAGAAACCGAAAGUGCAAUGGUCCGAUGUCGCUGGUCUCGAUGCCGCCAAAGAGGCCCUCAAGGAGGCUGUCAUCUUGCCGAUCAAGUUUCCCCAGCUGUUUACGGGCAAACGCAUCCCCUGGAAGGGCAUUCUGUUGUUUGGUCCACCCGGUACGGGUAAAUCGUAUUUGGCCAAAGCUGUGGCAACCGAGGCGAAUCGUUCCACAUUCUUUUCGGUAUCCAGUUCGGAUCUGAUGUCCAAAUGGCUGGGUGAAUCCGAGAAACUGGUGAAGAAUCUCUUUGAGCUGGCCCGUCAGCACAAGCCAUCGAUUAUAUUCAUCGAUGAAAUCGAUUCGAUGUGCUCGGCCCGUUCGGAUAACGAGAACGACAGUGUGCGUCGCAUCAAAACGGAGUUUCUGGUGCAGAUGCAGGGCGUGGGCAACGAUACCGAUGGCAUUCUUGUGCUGGGCGCCACCAAUAUCCCAUGGGUGUUGGACUCUGCGAUUCGCAGGCGUUUCGAGAAGCGUAUCUACAUUCCGCUGCCGGAGGCGCAUGCGCGUCUCGUUAUGUUCAAGAUACAUUUGGGCAAUACGACACACGUGCUGACCGAGCAGGAUCUCAAGGAGUUGGCUGGCAAGACCGAAGGCUACUCUGGCGCUGAUAUAUCGAUUGUGGUGCGGGAUGCGUUGAUGGAGCCAGUGCGCAAAGUGCAGACAGCCACGCAUUUCAAGCACGUCUCGGGACCGAGUCCAACCAACAAGGAUCUGAUUGUCGAUGAUCUUUUGGUGCCUUGCUCGCCGGGCGAUGCCGGCGCCGUUGAAAUGAACUGGAUGGAUGUGCCCAGCGACAAGCUCUUCGAACCGCCCGUCACCAUGCGCGACAUGCUGAAGUCAUUGUCACGCACGAAACCCACGGUCAACGAGGAUGAUUUAACGAAGCUGCGCAAAUUCACAGAGGACUUUGGUCAGGAGGGUUAAACACAGCUGCAGGAUUCACAAAGAAAGAGAGAGAGAGAGCACGAGAGAGAGGGAGAAGGAGAAAGCCAGCCAACAUGAACAUGGAACACCAGCGAACCAAAACAACACCAUCAGCUAAUUCUAAUUGUUGCCUAUUGCAUAAAUCGAAAUCGAAAAAGAAAAAGAAAACCAACAAGAUCAGCCCUGGCUCUAUAUAGAGAUGGAUCUGCAAACAGAUCAAGAUUUACAUACACAUACAUACAACUAUAUAUAAACAUCUUAUAUAUCUUGUAUAGUUUCUAAACUCGUUUCUUUCUCCUUUCGUCGUCGAAUGUGUUCUGUGAGUUAAUUAGUUUAUUAUGAUUGCAAGUUUUUGUCGUAAUGCUGCUCCAGUUACAACAACAACAACAACAACACCACCACAGCCACGCCUCCAAAAAAAACACCACAACCUCCUCCUCACACACAACUAAAAGUCUUGCAGCAGCUGGCAAACUGAAAAUGAAAAAAGAAGAAACAAAUUGUAAAAGAUGUUGAUGUAUUUUUUAUACUCUUAUUGUUAAGUCGUAAACCCGAAAUGGAGCCGAAUGUUAUAUACAGAUCGAUAUAGUGUGUCUCUACGUGUGUGAGUGUGUGUGUGUGUGUGUGUGCCUGCUUGUGUAUGUGUGCCUCUGUGUGGCGCCACAUUCGAUUGCCUUCACUCCUGGUACACCAAGACUGGUCAAAUUGCCAGUUGGCCUGCUGGCCAGUUAGCCAAGUUAGCCAGUUAAUCAAACAGCGAGACACAACCAGCAAAACCAAUCUUAAUUUUAAUUGUAAACUAUCGAGAAACAACAAAUAAACGAUAUAAAAUUUAUAAACUCGUAUGGGCAAAACUGCUUGAGAUUGAAACAAAACUGCAACGCGACUCACAGAUACCCUGUAGAGACUGUCGGUCUCGAAUUGGCUUUUCAAUUUUUCUUCGAUUUGGCAUCAAACAAAAAAUAUAUAUAUUUUCAAUUGUUAAAUAAACUUAUUAUGAAUCUAA